UUUUAUCGUUUCAGAGCUGUGCCCGAGCUAAAGGCUCGAGCUUUGGAACUCAGUGGGGAAGAUUAACCUUCGUCAAUGGAAGCUACUAUCAGUCGCUCACCUCCGUGUUUGCCUCGCCGGAGUCCAUUACUCAGCCGAAAGUCUCCUCCCUUUAAGACAACCAUUUUCUGUUCUUCUCACUCGUCUUUUAAGUUCAAGAGGCAGUAUACCAGUGUUAUGAUAGUGCCAACGGGGAUAGGAGCUGCUAUUGGUGGAUUCGCCGGCGACGCUUUGCCGGUUGCGCGUGCUCUCUCCAACGUUGUUGACUGCCUUAUCACUCACCCUAACGUUCUUAAUGCUGCAAUGCUCUACUGGCCCUUGCCUAAUACAUUAUAUGUUGAAGGUUAUGCUCUGGACCGCUUUGCAGAAGGAUUAUGGGCCUUACAGCCUGUUCACCAAAACAGGGUGGGGUUAGUUCUUGAUGCUGGAAUUGAGAAGGAGCUUCAGAUUCGCCAGUUGCAAGUAGCUGAUGCUGCAAGGGCUUCCCUUGGAUUGAAUGUUGUGGAAUAUAUUGUCACUGACACUCCACUCAAGGUAGAGAAGUGGGUUGAUCCAGAAAGUGGACAAUCAACAGGGAGGAUUAAACACCCCGAUUCUUUACUUAGAGCUGUAGAAACUUUAGCAAACCGGUCGCAAGUAAAUGCCAUUGCUGUUGUUGGACGCUUUCCAGAUGAUGAUAUUGAAGAGGUAGAUGACUAUCGGCAAGGAAUGGGAAUAGACAAUUUGGCAGGUGUUGAGGCAGUUAUUAGCCAUCUGGUUGUUAGGACUUUCCAAAUUCCUUGUGCACAUGCUCCUGCACUAUCUCCUUUUUCCCUUAGCCCAUCUCUAUGCCCAAAAUCAGCUGCCGAGGAGCUAGGUUAUACGUUCCUACCAUGUGUGCUUGCUGGCUUAAGCAAUGCUCCACAAUACUUGGUGAAGAACUCUGAUUCUAUGGAGAGAUGCUGCAUACUGGCAAGUGAUGUGGAUUCUGUUAUCCUUCCUAAAGAUGCAUGUGGAGGGGAAGGAGCUCUUGCUUUUGCAAGAAGUAGAAAAAAUAAGCCUCUUAUAAUCACUGUGGAAGAAAAUGAAACUGUUCUGAAUGAUACCCCAGAUAAACUUGGCUUUGAAGCGCUUCAGGUCUCAAACUAUUGGGAAGCCAUCGGAGUAAUUGCAGCUCACAAGGCAGGGGUCGAUCCAUUCUCUCUGAGAAGAGAUCAAAUUUCUAAUAUCCGCUGCAAAUCUGUACCUGUCAAUGGUUACUCUCUUUCGAGAGACAGAACUCUUCCCUGAUUAAACCCGUUGGAGUUUAAUUGAUAUCUAUAUUCUUUUUUUCUAUUCAUGAUUUUUGUUUCCCUCAUUCCAUAGUAUGUAUGUGAGGAAAAGAAAUAUCGUUGUUCAAGGAUCAUGUUCAUUGCCAUACAUAUAUAAUAUAAAACGUAUUAUUUGAGUUAUGAAUAAUAUAUUUUGUUUUUCAAAUUCAA